GCAUGACUUCUACCAAGAUGCUGCUGCUCUUGCUGUCCAUGGCUUUGGUAGCCUUGUGCUCUGCUCAGGGCAUCAAUGACGAAGCCCCUCAAGAGGAAGAGCAGACACCCCAAUUAUUAGGAGAUGAUGAAUUAUUGGAAGAAAACCCAGAGGAAUCAAAAGGCAAAUCUCAAGAGGAAAAUGAGGAUGAGAGAGGCAAACCUGGAGAGAAAGGCCACGGGCAACCAAACAAGCCUCAUAACCAGGGUCUCCAGGGAGGCCCGAAAGGCCCAUUUGGCAGUGAUGGCCCAAAUGGCCCAGGUGGCCAACAAGGACCAGGUGGGCAACAAGGACCAGCUGGCCAGCAAGGUCCAGGUAACCAAGGUCAUCCUGGUGGUCAACAAGGACCAGCUGGCCAGCAAGGUCCAGGUAACCAAGGUCAUCCCGGUGGCCAACAAGGACCAGCUGGCCAGCAAGAACCAGGUGGCCAACAUGGCCCAGGUGCCCAGGGAGACCAGCAGGGAAGAGAUGACCAGCAUGGUCACCUCGGUGGCCAGUGA